CAAAAACGAGACUUGACCAGAACAUCCUCGAAUCUUCGUCCCGCAGGCUCUGCCUUUUUCCUUGAAAGCUCCCGCAAGCUGCGGACUUUGGGGUUCGCUCCGUCUCUGGGUUUAAGGUUUUGAUUGGUCGGCGGAUCGAUCGUCUCGGGUUUCGCUAAUUCAGAGUAGGAAAUCAGAGAUGGAAAGUGGUUUAAGAGAUUCAGCCAGCCACCAGACCCGGGGCUCGUCAUCUUCCUCAGGUGGUGGUACUGCUGCGGCCAAUGAGGCUGGAGAUUUCGAGUGCAACAUCUGCUUUGAGCUGGCCCAGGACCCAGUCGUGACCCUUUGUGGUCACCUCUACUGCUGGCCCUGCUUGUAUCGAUGGCUCUAUCAUCACUCACAGUGCCAUGAAUGUCCUGUGUGCAAGGCCCUCAUACAGGAGGAGAAGCUCGUCCCGCUUUAUGGUCGAGGGAAGUCCUCGGCUGACCCGAGAUCGAAAUCCUACCCAGGCAUUGAUAUCCCAAACCGCCCCUCUGGGCAGAGGCCAGAGACUGCUGCCCCUCCUCCCCCACCCGAAACAAACCCAUUUGGAAACUACGGUUUUGGGUUCAUGGGUGGGUUCAUGCCGAUGGCCACUGCAAGGUUUGGGAACUUCACACUCUCCACAGCCUUUGGAGGUCUCAUCCCUGCCCUGUUCAAUGUGCAGUUCCAGGGGUUCCAGGAUGCGACUGUAUAUGGAACCACUUCAGGAUACCCUUACGGGUUUAAUGCAUUCCAUGGGGGCCAUGCCCAUGGGUUCCCGCAGCCCCCAACAAGGGGGCAGCAGGCCGAUAACGUGCUCAAGAAUCUGUUCAUACUGAUUGGUGUCUUUGUGGUACUCGCCUUGAUUUGUUGGUGAGCCUCUGAAAUUUUCACGGGACCCUCAAAAGCAUAUGCCUAGACCACGCUUGAUGUUAUGUACAUACCAAUUGUAAUUGUAGCCAUCAGAGCUAUAGUCGCGGGAGGAAAUUGUUGAUAUGAUGCUCGUGUCUUUCUGUUCAACUGACUUCUCUAGGCCAUGUUAUCGGUGUGUGAAGUUGUGCCCAUUUUGAUUACUGAAUGCUGCUGCAUCCUCAUGAGAACUACUUGUCAUUCUCCCCUGUGGUUGGCUGGCCCCAUUGUCGGAGUUGCAGAAACCUGAAAGAUUUUCUCUUUGUGCUUUCCAGGCGAGGAAAGAUUAAAGAUGAAUAGAUUUUAUACAGCUUGUAUAGCAGCGAAUUGUGCUUUACUUUUGCACCCUGCGGGGGACUGUUGCCCAUGAAUCGACAUGGUAAGAGCCUGAUCUUUUAUCAUCCCAUGUUACCCACUCUAUGGUGUAGAAUCUUUCUAGGUUAUAGAUGAGAUCCCUACCACCUAAGGAAAGAAGUGGAUCGCGUGUUGUUUGGAUUUUAUGAGGUUUAUCUGGGGAAUGUCGUUUACAUUUUUUUUCUAGCGAAACCUUUCGCCGGUCUUCUUUUUGAAA